CCUAUGAGUGAGAACGUGCAGUGUUUGGUUUUCUGUUCUUGCAAUAGUUUGCUGAGAAUGAUAGUUUCCAGCUGCAUCCAUGUCCCUACAAAGGACACAAACUUAUCCUUUUUUAUGGCUUUUUUAAAGCACCUUUCAUCAGCUAGACUGUUCUCCAGCCUUUCUUUACUUCCUCUUUGAAAGGACAUAGCCCUGGUUUCUUUUUGACACAAAGGAAAGCUAUGCAAAUCAUGAUCUAUAUGUAGAAUUGGUCACAAAUGUGUUGUGGGAUAGGCUAUAGAGUUGGGAAGUGGAAACGAAAUGCUACACAGAGACCUAACCCAACUAAAGCUCUUUGUAUUUCUCCUUUAAGAAAUAAAUCAAAUGCCUUCCUUCCCUAUGCUUUCUUCCUCUUUCUUUUAAUUUAAAAAAAAAUUCACCCUGAUUUUUUUAUUUUCUAUCUUAUUUAAAAAAUAAAAAUAGGCCAGGUGCGGUGGCUCACACCUGUAAUCCUAACACUUUGGGAGGCCAAGGUGGGUGGAUCACUUGAGAUCAGGAGUUUGAGACCAGCUUGGCCAACAUGGCAAAACACUGUCUCUACUAAAAAUACAAAAAUUAGCCAGGCCUGGUGGCACACACCUGUAAUCCCAGCUACUCGGGAGACUGAGACAGGAGAAUCACUUGAAGCCGGGAGGUGGAGGUUGCAGUGAGUCAAGAUCAUGCCACUACACUACAGUCUGGGUAACACAGUGAGACUCCAUCUUAAAUAAAUAAAUAAAUAAAUAAAUAAAUAAAUAAACCAUUGCUGAUGACUCCAGGGUCAAUCUGGAAAAAUUAACAGUAUUCCUCAACUCUAUUUCUUUCUGCAGCCAAGCUUGAUUCCUUGAAUUAUAGUUUUCUAAGGAAAAAAUAGUUUUUAAUAAUCUAAGGUAAAUUUGUUUCAAUUAUUAGCAGCAGCAUAAUAAGGCUUUUGCACAAAUGAAUGUUAUUAGCUAGAGUUCUUCAAAAAAGCAUGAAGCAUAAUUUUUGCUAGGACUUCUUGAGAACUAUUGGUAAAAAAUGCUUUUAGAUAAUAAACAAGUAUAAAUGUCAAAGUAUUUUUUAAAAAGUAUAAUUGGCUGGGUGCUGGCUCACGCCUAUAAUCCCAGCACUCUAGGAGACCAAGGCAGAAGGAUCACUUGAGCCUAGGAGUUUGAGGCUGCCGUGAUUCAUGACUGCACCACUGCUUUCCAGCAGCCUGAUGAUAGAGUGGGACUCCAUCUCUUUACAUAUGUAUAUCUUACUCUCUUGAUGGGACAAGUUGGUAGCAAUAAAGGUUUUUUUUUUUUCCUGUUGUGAUUUCAGUGUCUAACCAAUGAAGGUGACCAGAUGUGAAGGCAUAUCUAUGACUACUCCUCUGUCCCUUGGGUGGAUAAGACUUAGUUGGAAUCCAACUAAAGAUUUGGGCUGGUCUCUCCAUCUUAAUGUUGAUGGGAUUCAGGACACACAACCCCAAAAUAUUGUACCCUGAUAUUUGAGAAAACUGCAGAAGCAAGGUUUCUCAUACCUUCCUCUUACCCCUUCUCCCCUGAAGCAGGCCAUAAAACCUAAGUGACUGUGCCCUGAAGUAGAUCAUAAAACCUUCAUUCCAUAGGUACCCUAUAUCCUCACAGAUACAGAGACACCAAGAAGAAUCUGGACAAAUAGGACUUGCUAAGUUCUCCAGUUUAUUACCGUUAGAUUAUGUCCUUUUGUCCUCUGAUUAUACUUCUGCAUGAGACGGUACAUAAAAAUACGCAAGUUUUCCUGUUUCUUUUGUGUCUUCAUUUCUGAAGAUUCGUGUCAUGUAAAACUUACGGUAAAUAAAUUUGUGUGCUUUUCUCAAUAAUCUGUCUUUUGUUAUAGGUGCCUCAUUUGUGAACCUAGUGAUGUGUGAAGAAAGAAAGCUCUUCUUCCCUACAGUGCUCUAAGAAAAGCUAUUUCCAAAAGAAUUGAUCCAUAUUAGCUUUAGCUUGGGUUCUUAGAAUUCCUCAAACUUGAGGCAUUCAUGAUAUAAUCCAGGUGCCCUGACACUGUUGUUUUUCUGUUCAUUCUGAAACUGGACUUCAUGGAACUGAUGUGCAGGGACAUCAGACUGAGGCGAAAAGCUCCUAAUUGCUCCCGUAAUCAGAGUUUCUGAGUCCUCAUUUCGAUAGUGUACAGGAGGAAUUUGGGCAUUUUUGCCAUCAACCACAGGGUGUUCUCUCUCUCUCUCUCUCUCUCUCUCUCUCUCUCUCUCUCUCUCUCUCUCUCUCUCUCAUUCUAAUUGCCAAUGUUUAAAAAUUGGAGCUUCAUCUUAUCUUGAAAAAUCAGCUAGCCUACUUUAUUCAUUUACACUUCCUCGUCUGUUGGCAUUUGAGUUGUGAUAAUGCCUAAUUUACAAGAUUGUUCUUGUGGAAUUCGAUAUGGAAAAAUCUAACAAAAGCAGGCACUCAGUAUAUGUUUUCCCCUUUCUGAACACCACUAGUCAUGAAGCUGCUACCUGCCAAUGACCAAGGAGAGCGGCCAAGAUGAAGAGCAAGGGAGUCAUAGAGGAGGUGGCUGGAAAGUAAUCCCUUGGUCUGUUUUAGAAGUAUAAAGGCAUUAGGAAACAAAACUCUUAAAGAAUGUAUAAGAAAACUAAAUGUACUUCAAGAAAUUAAAAGGAGCAGUAAGAAACAUCUCAGUUUGCUCUAAGUGAAAUGUUUCAGGCUCUGAAUGAUUCAACCAAGAACCUGAGCCCAUUCCUGGGAAGCACCUACAGAAAACUGAUUCUGGUCCCGGUCCCUGUCUUCAGGUGGCUGUGUGUAAACAUCUUACCCCAGUGUAAACAUCUGCAGCUGGUAAACGUCUAGGGGUUUUCUCACUGCUCUCCAGGAGACUCAGCACUGCCCUGUUCCUUCCUAACCUGAGUCAGGACUGAGCAGAGAAUCCUCCACCACACACAGCAGGCACUAUCUGCCACAGUUCCUUUCCCUGAUAGCUUCAAAUUCUCUGCCUUUUGAAAUAAGCCUAUUUUUAACUGGAACAAAUAAUGGGUCAAUCUGUACCUCAGGUGAAGAGGAGUGAAGCCUCUGCAAACACUUAGGAACAAACUAAAAACCAAAAGCAUUUGUGUAACCUGUUCAAUAAGCUUGCUGGACUUUGUCUCUAUGUAUGAGUUAGGCAAUUCUUUCAGCUAGUUUGAGUGACACGCUGACCAGUGAAGCCCAGUGAAGCAGUGGGAACCAGAAUAUCCAAAGAGUGGUUUGAAGGAGAAAGAAGCAUUGUGGCUUUAUAUCCUCUGGGCCUGGGUUUCCUGAAGUCAUCACACAUAGAAGACAGAAAAAAUGGCUGAGUUAAAGUACAUUUCUGGAUUUGGGAAUGAGUGUGCUUCAGAGGAUCCUCGCUGCCCAGGUUCCCUGCCAGAAGGACAGAAUAAUCCUCAGGUCUGCCCCUACAAUCUCUACGCUGAGCAGCUCUCAGGAUCGGCUUUCACUUGUCCGCGGAGCACCAAUAAGAGAAGCUGGCUGUAUAGGAUUCUACCUUCAGUUUCUCACAAGCCCUUUGAAUCCAUUGACAAAGGCCAUGUCACUCACAACUGGGAUGAAGUUGAUCCUGAUCCUAACCAGCUUAGAUGGAAACCAUUUGAGAUUCCAAAAGCAUCUCAGAAGAAAGUAGACUUUGUGAGUGGCCUGCACACCUUGUGUGGAGCUGGAGACAUAAAGUCUAACAAUGGGCUUGCUAUCCACAUUUUCCUCUGCAAUACCUCCAUGGAGAACAGAUGCUUUUACAAUUCAGAUGGGGACUUCUUGAUUGUUCCCCAGAAAGGGAAUCUUCUCAUUUACACCGAGUUUGGCAAGAUGCUUGUACAGCCCAAUGAGAUCUGCGUCAUUCAGAGAGGAAUGCGGUUCAGCAUAGAUGUCUUUGAGGAAACCAGGGGCUACCUCUUGGAAGUCUACGGUGUCCACUUUGAGUUACCUGACCUUGGACCAAUUGGGGCCAAUGGCUUGGCCAAUCCUCGUGAUUUCUUGAUACCCGUUGCCUGGUAUGAGGAUCGCCAAGUACCAGGUGGUUACACUGUCAUUAAUAAAUACCAGGGCAAGCUGUUUGCUGCCAAACAGGAUGUCUCCCCAUUCAAUGUUGUGGCCUGGCACGGGAAUUACACACCCUACAAGUACAACCUGAAGAAUUUCAUGGUUAUCAACUCAGUGGCCUUUGACCAUGCAGACCCAUCCAUUUUCACUGUGUUGACUGCCAAGUCUGUCCGCCCUGGAGUGGCCAUUGCUGAUUUUGUCAUCUUCCCACCUCGAUGGGGGGUUGCUGAUAAGACCUUCAGGCCUCCUUAUUACCAUAGGAACUGCAUGAGUGAGUUCAUGGGACUCAUCCGAGGUCACUAUGAGGCAAAGCAAGGUGGGUUCCUGCCAGGUGGAGGCAGUCUGCAUAGCACAAUGACCCCCCAUGGACCUGAUGCUGACUGCUUUGAGAAGGCCAGCAAGGCCAAGCUGGCACCUGAGAGGAUUGCCGAUGGCACUAUGGCAUUUAUGUUUGAAUCAUCUCUAAGUCUAGCGGUCACCAAGUGGGGACUCAAGGCCUCCAGGUGUUUGGAUGAGAACUACUACAAGUGCUGGGAGCCACUCAAGAGCCACUUCACUCCCAAUUCCAGGAACCCAGCAGAACCUAAUUGAGACUGGAACAUUGCUACCAUAAUUAAGAGUAGAUUUGUGAAGGGUUCUUCAGAAUCUUAUGCUUUCUGGUAGUAUUGGGAGCAGGGGUUGGUUAAAAUGAAAACUCACUUUUCAUAGUCAAGUAACUCAGAACUUUUGCGGAAACGCAUUUGCAAAGUUCUAUGGCUGUCACCUUAAUUACUCAAUAAACUUGCUGGUGUUCUGUGGAAGUA